CUUCGGAAACCACAGCCUCGUCCACUACCUUGACGAUGGAAACAACAUCGGAAGACUUGACAUCUACUGUAACAACUGGUAUUUCUGAAACUCCAAUCUCAUCCACUACUGCACCUGUAGACACAACAACUGAAGAUUUCCAAUUUACCGUGUCAACUACUCCUUUGGAAACAACAGUCUCAUCAACUACCUUGACGGUGGAAACAACAUCGGGAGAUUUCCAAUCUACAGUGUCGACUGCCCCUUCGGAAACCACAGCCUCGUCCACUACCUUGACGAUGGAAACAACAUCGGAAGACUUGACAUCUACUGUAACAACUGGUAUUUCUGAAACUCCAAUCUCGUCCGCUACUGCACCUGUAGACACAACAACUGAAGAUUUGACAUCUGCCGUAACGACUGGCGUUUCUGAAACCCCAGCCUCGUCUCUCACACCAACUGUUGACACAACAAGUGAAGUGUUGACUACCGAAGUGGAAACCACAACCUCAUCCGCCAGUUUGACUGUGGAGACAACAUCUGAAGUGUCGACUGUCCCUUCAGGAACAACAGUCUUAUCUACUACCUUGACGAUGGAAACAACGUCAGAAGCCCUGACAUCUGCCACAACAAGCGGCAUUUCGGAAACUCCAACCUUGUCUGGUACUCCACCUGUAGAUACAACGAGUGAAGCCUCGACUGCCCCUUUGGAGACCACAGUCUCGUCCACUACCCUGACGAUGGAAACAACAUCUGCAGACUUGACAUCUGCCGCAACAACUGGCAUUUCUGAAACUCCAAUCUCAUCCGCUACUACACCUCUAGAAACAACAACUGAAGAGUCGACGUCUAUGAUGACAAGUGUCGUUUUUGAAACUCUUACCUCAUCUGCUACUCCAACCGUUGAAACAACAACCAAAGAUUCGGAAUCUACGGUAUCCACUUCCCCUUCGAAAACCACAGCCUCAUCCACUUCCUUGAUUGUGGAAACAACAUCAAAAGACGUGACAUAUGCCACAACAACUGGCGUUUCCAAAACUCCAAUCUCGUCUGGUACUCCACCUGCAGAAGCAACAACUCAGGAUUUCCAAUCUACUGCAUCAACUGCCCCCUCGGAAACCACAUCCUCAUCCACUACCUUGACGAUGGAAACAACAUCUGAAGACUUGACAUCUACCGUGACAAAUGUCGUUUCUGAAACUCCAAUCUUUUCCGCUCCUUCAACUGUAGAAACAACAACUAAGGCCCUGACAUCUACCGUAACAAGCGGAGUCCCGGAAACUCCAACUUUGUCUGCUACUCCUCCUGUACAAAAAACAACUGAAAAUUUCCAAUCUACAGCGUCGACUGCCCCUUUGGAAACUACAGCCUCAUCCAGAACCUUGACGGUGGAAACAACAUCUGAAGACAUCAAGUCAACGGCAUCGACUCAGCGUGCAGGAACUACGCCUUCAUUACACACAUCACCAGUACCAACAACUACAGGGACUACUACGGAAGCCAAGCCUACCUGUGCUCCGGGAGAAUUCGACUGUGGCCAAUUAGUGUGUAUCAGCGGUUUGUUUCAAUGUGAUGGCAACAGGGACUGCGAAGAUGGAAGUGAUGAAGACAAUUGUGUUGGCUGUCGUAAUUACUGUUUCCAAGAAGAGCCCAGAGGAGAUUGUUAUUGUGAUGCUAGUUGCGAGAAAUUUGGAGAUUGUUGCGAAGAUUACUACGAGUAUUGCACGCUACCAGCUUACACCACUAAAUCCCCCGGUGUUAAUGAAUGCGACCCGGAGAAACCUCUUCACGACUGUAACGAGAACGCCUUUUGCACCGACACUCCUGAAGGUUUUAAUUGUACUUGUAACGAAGGAUACGAAGGGAAUGGCAAAUCAUGCAAUGAUAUCGAGCCCCCGAGGAUAGAUUGCCCAGCCAACUUCACUGAAUACACAGAUUGCCGUAAGGAAAACUCGACAAUCUCACUGCCCAAUGUCAAUUCAGCAUCUGACAAUUCAGGAGAGUACACCAUUAGAGUUGAUGUACAAGGCAAGGAGUACCAGGUUGGAGAUACGGUCACUUUGGCUCUUGAGGGCUCACCCCAUUUGCUACGUUACAUAGCAACUGACGACUCGUCCAAUAGGAGAGCAUGCGAUUCUUUCGUCAACGUGACCUCAGUAAAUGAUGGAAGCUCUUGUUUAACGACUGGGAGCCCACCCAACUGCAUAUGUUCAUCUAAUCAGGAAGGAUCUUGCACCUGUUCCGCUGGAUACUGCGGUCACGACUGCUCACAGAAUGACGUUGGUACUCUGUGCACCGGUCCCAAGGAACCGUAUCCUAAUUGUGAGGGCGUCAAUAAAUGUUCUCCAGGAUUCACGGGUCCAACCUGCAAGGAACCAAGCUCUGAAAUUAAUUGCCCCGAAGUAGCCAACCAGUGUCUGAAAUGGGGCGUGAAUUCGGUGUCGAUCCAAUGGACGCAGGUUAAAGCUGUUGACUCGUCCGGAAAUCCAAUCUCUCCUGCCGACAUCACUUGCCAAGAUGUUAAAGGGGCAACCAGUGUCGAGCUCACUGGCGGAGAAUUCAAGAUUGGGGAGCAUGAAGUCGUUUGUUCUUCGGAUACUGGAGGCGUUGUUGUUCCAGUGUGCCUAAUCUCCUUUACUGUUUCAUCAAACCCGACAUUUAAAGUACCAGAAAUAGGCGAUCAGUGCACAGAUCUGGGAAAGUCGACUUCAAACGUUACUUGGGACAUUGUUCCAGCCGCAGACGAGGAAGAUGUGACGAUCAUCUGUACAGGCUCUGAAGGGAGUACAGACGUAGGUCCAACAGGAGGUGUUUUCAAAGUCGGAGCCCACACAGUGACCUGCACGGCGACUAAUUCGGGUGGCUGCAUCAAAUCAAAGAUAUUUGGGUUUAGUGUCUUAGAGGGUAACAUCAUCCCAUUUGGGGUUGAGAUGGGCGACUCUUUGCUAUCAGAUGCUUUUCAAGAGAAUCAACAGACCUCGAAGGAUUUGAUAUCUCCAACUAUUUUCCCGCCGAAUUUCUUUCCUUUCUGUGACGAGCUGUAUGAGUCGCUCUAUUUCACUGACAAUGGUGUGAUUGUUCUGUCGAAUGAUAAAAGCCUCGAGAAGUGGGCGUUUCCUAAUAUUCCAGGUUUGCAGUUCCCAAACGGACCACCGAUGAUCGCACCAUUUUGGGCGGAUGUUCAGGCUGAAACAUUUUCCCCUGAAAGUAACGUUUUCUGGCAGGUAUAUGACCAGUACGAUCCCAACACCAACCAAUACAUGUUGGAUACCAUCAAGGAUAUCGUGUCAAAGGUUGUGGAUAUACGGAACAACACGAACGCAGUCUAUUGGGCGCUAGCCAUCACGUGGAGUAAUGUUCAACCAGUGUCCUCCAGUUAUGCUUCUGGAACCAACACAUUCCAAGUCUUGCUGCUGACCGAUUCCAUCCAUAGCUACGUGGUAUUCAACUACGGUCCUUGCAACAUGAACUGGGACACUGCCUUCUUACCCAACAAAAACGUCAUCUUGGGUUACACCUGCGGGAUGUCCAAAGAGAGUGUUUACCUGGAUGUACCCAAAAAUUCACUCUUCCGUCCUGGCAGCUUCGUUGGAAAUUCAGGACAAAAAGGCCGCUGGGUGUUCCAACUUGACAACCAUCUUGAUGACUUUGUCAACCCGCGUCUUUCCUGCCGCAACUGGUACAGUCGUCAGGCACCCUACCCAAUCUUCGAUGUAUAUUAUCCCUCGUUUGCUAACACGUGCCCUUGUAGUUUGAUAAUGGCUUGGUUUGACUGGCGCUUUUUAUUGACCUGGCGUCAGUCUUAUAUCCCACCGGGAGAAGUCUCUGAAUACUUUCAAGACCAAUCUGUCUUAUGCUUUGUGCGACUCUUCCAACUCUCCGGUACCCCUGGCACACAGUGCUGCUACAAGAGAUGGACCGGUGACCUUCUUUACGACGUCAGGAGCCCAAAGGUUGCUUCUGUCUUUGAGAGGUUCCCUUAUAGUGAUUUAUUCUACACGGCUGAUGCAUUUCAAGAAUGGUAUGAGGAGGAGGUUCUUUCCCGUUAUUACUGCUGUGAAAAAUCUACCCUGUGUCACCUCUACAUCGAGUGGCGCCCUCUUGUGACGUGCUCUCGGUAUUUUCCAACCUUCUGGGGUUGGUUCUGGGGCGACCCGCACGUAAGAACUCUUGAUGGUGUGGACUAUACCUUCAAUGGUCUUGGGGAAUAUACACUGGUCCUCAUUGAAGACGAGAACAGAAAGGAAAAGCUUUUUGAACUGCAAGGCCGAACGAAAAGAGUCUACAAUCCUGAGAUGGGCGAACUAACCAACGCAACCUCGUACAGUGGAUUUGCUGCUGAAGACGUAGCAAGCGACGGCAGGGUUGAAAUAAAGCUUAAUGAACAAGCCACCAAUUUGAUAACCACUGUCAAUGGGGAAGUGGUCGAACCCACAGCUGCAGGAUUGGUGAUUAGUGGUCUCACAGUGAGGAAGGUCGAGGAUCCUCCUAAGGUUGAAGCGAUAUUUGCUUCUGAUAUUCAGUUCUCUGUCGGUGUGAACAACAGUUUUGUUGACGUCACUGUCCAGCUAAGCCAGGACUUCGAAGGAAAAACAAAAGGAUUAUUAGGUGUCUGGGAUGGUAACAAAACUAACGAUAUCCUGAGACGAGAUGGCACAUAUCAGUCACCGUCUGGUAGUAAUGGAACGAUGCUGGAAAAUGACUACUUUGAAUUUGGCGAAACAUGGCGUGUCUCCGUAAAUGACUCCCUAUUUUACUACCAGUCUCCUGAGGAGAGCUGGGAGAAAAUCAAUGACCUGUCAUUCCGACCCAAGUUCUUGGAUGAACUGCUUGCCGGUGUGAGUGAGGAGGAACGACAGCAGAUUAAAGAAGUUUGUGGCGACAAUAAGGAAUGCAUUUACGACGCGUUGACAUUGAAUGAUACGGACAUAGGAAUAGCCACGCUACAACUAAAUGAGAAGAACAGCGAAGACUUAAAAUCAGCAACGAACUAUCCGCCAGAACUGACACAAUUUGAAACCAUAGAAGUCACCGUUGGUCAGAACUUUACGCAGCAGAUAGAUGCUACUGAUCCAGACGGGGACGAGGUUGCAAUCUAUCUGCUAGAGGCGGUUGAAGGUGCAAGUAUUAAAGAUGGCCUUUUUAACUGGACUCCUGCUGAUAAGUCGAAGGUCAGGAUUGGAUUUCUAGCUUCAGAUGGCAAAGCAAAUUCUUCACUUGAGCCAAUAGUGAAUCUUUGUGACUGCAAAAAUGACGGAACGUGCCUUUUGAAUCAGUAUGCUGAAGGCACCAAUCUCAUUCAAGAUCGCUUUGGGGUACUGCUGUGCCAGUGCACCUCGGGAUGGACCGGUGAAUUCUGCCAAGUGGACUACAACGCAUGUGCAGUCAGUCCAUGCUUCAGUGAAGUGACCUGUACAGAUGAGACACCGCCAUCUUUAAACAGCACUUGUGGACCUUGUCCAGAUGGAUUGGAGGGAGAUGGGAAAACCUGCACUGAUAUUGAUGAAUGCGAGAGGUACAAAGAUGAUCCAGCUCGUGGGUGUGAGCAGAUUUGUGAGAACACUUUGCGAAGUUUCAACUGUAGCUGUAAUUCUGGAUAUUUUUUGAAAGAAGAUAAAAAGACGUGUAGAGCUCUGUCGGCUACAGACUGCUUGAACGAAGGGGAAUUCGAUGAAAGUUCUCAUGAAUGUAUUUGCCCGUUGACGCACUACGGACCAACCUGUGCAGAUGAGAAUCCUUGUUUGUCGGAUAACACUUUGUGCUCUGAGGAAGGACAGCACUGUUUACCAGAAUCAAACACAGUUGGCUUCGCGUGUUACUGCCGUGGCUUCGAUGGAUAUGUAGAAAUCACCCUUGACGGCUCGUGUGAAGCAUACGCUUCCGUUGGAGUAAUGCUGACUGCUAAAAUGGAAUUCGUAAUUGCCUACAAGAAUCCAACUUCUACUGCUUUCAACAAGACUGCUGCCAUGUUCGAACGAGCGAUUCAGGAAAGGCUUCAGGAGAUGCCAUCUACGAACAACCUUGUUAAAAUACAAGUAACAAGGAUGGAUGAAGGAAGUCUGAUUAUCACAGCAGUGGUGUCGUAUGGGACAAUACCCUCUCUGGACGAAGUGAAGAAAGUUCUAUCAAGCAGUGAUUCCCUGACUGACGGAAAUACAACGAUUCCAAUUGAUCCGGACUCCGUUCGUGUGCAAAAGCUGUCAAGCGACUGUUUGUUGGAAUGUCUGAACGGGGGGACAUGCGAGAGGCCAGAUUACUCACCUAUAGACUCAUGCAGGUGUUCCCCUGGCUAUGCAGGCGACAGAUGUGAGACGGGGGUUGAACCAGUACCAGAUGGUUUGCCUACCGUCGCUUUGGCUCUCAUCGUCGUGGGAUGCAUUCUCUUCGUCUUGGUUAUCAUUCCCGGGGUCAUAUACAUUGUCAUGAGAAAGAACUUCAGGAAGAAGGUUGAUAAAGUGGUAGACGGCGAAGAAUCUCGCGUUCAAGAAGACAUCCGAGAACUUAGCCUUCAUGGGGAGCUGUUUAAUGACGGCUAUGAGGCUACUGAGUUUAGUGAAGAGGGUAUACGAAUGGAGUAUCUCAGGCGGGGUAUGCCGGCGACGGAGUUGAAGCGCACGAAGAACCAGAAUAGUUAUAUUCCGUCUUUUCAUCGCAAUGACAUGGAAUGAGGUAGCUGUUAAAGCCCUUGGUGAGUGAAAACAAAAGCUAAAGUAAUCGUCGAACCGCAAACCCCAUCGGGCUACAUUUACAUUUAAUGAAAACAGAGAAAAUUAUAACACUGGUAUUGAAUAUUUUCGACCGCCGUUUUCUUCUUCAUACACAGAUGAAAGGCACGUCCAAUCGUUCUUCUGGCUUACACACUGCAAAGGUGGUUCGUUGCAAGUCAGCAACAUAAAUUAAAACCAGUUUUGCAACUUCGUACCUUCCUGUGAAUUUCAAUUACAUGAAGUCUUCCGACCGUGGCAGAGGGAUUUUAAUAGUUAUACCUGUUAACGACCUAUUUUUCUGCGAGCAAAAGUUUUGCUAAAAUAUUUCUAAUUUUUAUGAGCAAAUAUAAAGCAAAAUAAUGAAUAUUUUUACCAUUAUUACACGGAAUUAUGUCGAAGUUUUCCAUUUAUACGAAGUCCACUUGUUUGGUUGUUUAUUUGGUUUUUGUUUUGUGUGUUGUCGUUUUGCUUUUAGUGUAUAUACUCAGAAGGAAAUGUCUGAUUGUGGUAAGAAAACUGUUUGAAAUUUAAAACUUUUGUUGUAAAUAUAGUGCUGCAUAGGGGGAGAGUGCAUGAAAUAUCUGGACAUCAGCAGAGAUCCGAACAGAAAAUGAGCCAAUCAGCUCAAAUGCUCCGACGAAAGUGAUUUACUCAAGCCCUUGGUCUCUCCCGUUCCUUAAAGUAAGCCCAAAAUUGCCUCGGUCUUCAAAACCUACUCUAGAGAGGCCAAGAUGAAAUGCUAGUUUCUGGUCAGUCCAGAUAAAUCAUCAAGCAAUAAUAAAACAUUUGAAACGGCAUCGGCCUCAGAUAAAGUCAGAUGUCCUUGUGAUUCACUCUUCAUUGUGUCAUUGUUUUCCUGAUAUCUUAUCAACAAUUCCCAUGUCCUUUUUUGGAGUGAGAUGUAUUAGACACGUUAUCGCGUGUCAUGCCACAAGUUGGAAAGUGUCAUAAGUUCCAAUAGUUCUAUCAUUCUUGUGUUUGAAGAGAAUUUUUAAUUUUUAGAUUGUAACGCUUAAAGCAUGAGGUCUUGAUGUAUAUUACAGUAGCUUUCUGGUUUCUUUCAGAACUUGAUUUUACUAUCAAAUGUGUUGCUAGCACAAAGGCUUCUGAUAAGCCCUCGAUGCCAUUUAGAAAGACAUAAAAUUUGCUUAAUUCUGUUCGGGUAUCCUCUGUUCGGCAUUGAUUGAAAUGAGUUUGUCAUAUAUUCAUUUAGUUCAUUUUACACCAAUCAGGAAAUUAACACCAUGAUUUUGCAGCGAAACGUCAGCUUAAGUAAUCCUUUAUUGGGUCGUUUUGCGUUUGAUAUUCCUCAAUCUGUGUGAAUGCUCGUGAUGAUUAAAUAGAUUGAAAGCAAUGCAAAAACAUUCGAAGUUGGAAUUUUGUUGGAAAUGGGACAUUUAAAAAAAAGCAUAAUUGCUAUAAUUUGUCAUUUUUGUUUGAUGUUAUUGUUUUGGGCGAAACUCUGAUCUUGAAUGGAUGCUUGACGUCCAUAUUUUUGAAAUAUGGCUACUAAGUCAGCAGAUUAAACUAAGACCUGUGUGCUUUUUCAAAAGAAAUAACAAGCGGGUUAUACGAAAAAAUGUGCUUUAAAACAAACACCGGCACGCAGAGUGAAGCCUUGUAAUGUAUCAAGAAUUUUUGCUUUUACACAAGCAAACAAACAAAGCAUAACUCAUUGAUAUCACAUCAAUCAUCCAGUUACCGAACAAAAUAAACCAAAGAAGUCUGAGUACUUGUCCAAGCACCUAACGUUAAACAGCGUAUAUACAUAAUGUGACGUCAUGCCUUACUCUGUAAUUAAGACCAGCCACUAAGGCGUAUGAAGGCACUGAGAUGUCAAAUAUUAUGAUAAUUUGAAAAAUAAAAGUACAUCUCAAGCUCGUAAAAUUUUCUAUCGGUAUUGUGUUAAAAGACAAGGAUGGAAAAAUUAUAAUCCAAAUAUGAUUUAAACAACUGCAGGGAAUUGAUUGUUAGAAAAUAAGUGGUGUAAAUUAAAUGUACUACACUACGCUUGUGAAAAUCUCACAAAACAGUUUAUCGAGAGCCAUUAAACUAGUCACAACUGCAAAUAUACAUGGCAAAAACUAAUAAUGCUGGACGGACACAACCCUUUUCACUGUAACACUUUAUCAGUUCGUUGCUCACCCUUGCAAUACUUCCCCCUGGAAAUUUCUCCUCUGGAAUAGUGCUUUGCCUCCUGAAAAAGGACACCCAUGACUACACGAUACAAAGAUGAUCAAUAUUAUGGUUAUCAUCACUUUAUGAUGAUGCCAGUAAUAUUAGAUAGAAUCAAAUUUAGCCUAGGUGCCUCAAAAGAAAUUACAAUUAGCAAGUGUUCAUGAAGUGCUCGCAUGGAAGUAGAAAAUCAUGUCAUAAACCAUCUGCAUCACUGUCUCCAGU